UUCUGACUGGCGUUAUAUGUAAAACGUGUAAUAUCGGUGUAGGUAACAGGCUGUCAGUUUCAAGGAAUGGUAGCGCAUUAGUAAGAUAAAGUACUUACUAGUUCGGCUCGGUAAUACGCUACAGUACUACUCACGAUCAGUACCAUUCCCAAAGUUCGGAAACAUGGCACUACCGGCAAUUUUUUGUGCUGUUAUCUUCCUUCAUGCAUUUGCAUCUGGUUUCGGGGCAGAAGAGCGACCAAACAUAAUUUUUAUCGUGGCCGAUGAUUUGGGAUGGAAUGAUGUCAGCUUCCACGGUUACAAUGAAAUCCCAACACCAAAUAUUGACCGGUUGGCGCAGAGCGGGGUCAUCCUUAAUAGCCAUUACGCGCAAGCUCUUUGUUCUCCGUCACGAGCCUCACUGAUGACUGGCAAAUAUCCGAUCCGAUUAGGAAUGCAAAACGGCGUUCUCACGCCGGGCACCGCACAAAGUUUACCAUUGAACGAGAAAUUGUUGCCAGAAUACUUAAGGGAUGCAGGCUAUUCUACCCACAUGUAUGGCAAGUGGCAUCUUGGCUACGCCGAAAAUCGAAUGCUUCCCACUAGCCGAGGAUUUGAUUCCUUUUUCGGAUAUCUCAAUGCCUGGGUGGAUUAUUACACAAGCAAUUUAAUAUGGGAUUUUAAUCCGGCAUACGGCGGUCUAGAUUUAUGGGAUAAUUUGGAAUUUGUUGGACGGAAUUACACGGGGCAGUAUUUGACCGAACUGUUGACAGCGAAAGCAAAUGAACGCAUAAAAAACCAUAAUUUCAACCAAAAGCCCCUUUUCAUGUACAUCGCUCACCUAGCUGCCCAUUUCGCCAAUACCGAAGAUCCCAUGCAAGCACCAGACCGCUACACCAAUCGUUUCGACCAUAUUGCUCAUAGCGGUCGGAAAACCACUGCCGGAAUGAUUGCGGCUCUGGACGAUUCACUUGGUCAGAUCGUGGAUGCUUUGCAGGAGCGCAAUGCCCUUCACAAUACAAUUAUCGUUUUUACUGCUGACAACGGUGCAAGUGGUCCAGAAAAACUAAUCCACACGACGCCGCCUUUUACAUACGGCACUAACUGGCCGCUGCGUGGAACCAAAAUGACACAGUGGGAAGGAGGUGUGCGAACUUCGGCAUUCGUCUGGAGCGAUCUCAUUAAAGGGCCCGGCCGCGUAUCCAACGAAAUCUUCCAUAUCUCCGACUGGCUCCCUACGCUUAUCUCCCUUGCAGGAGGACAGGCGCCAGGUGAAAUCGAUGGUCACAACAUCUGGACAUCCAUCGCCAAUGGGUACCCUUCACCACGACAGGAAGUUUUAAUACAAGCUGAUAGUGUGAAUCAGGAAUAUGCCAUCCGGUGGCACCAGUUCAAAUUGAUUCUAGGCGGUUGGACAGCAACUGGAAGCAUUCCAGACGGGUGGUAUCCACCGGUGGGCGGAGUUAACGCCUCGUUCGAAAGGGACACACCCAGUAGACUGCACUGCCCGCACAGAGAUUCUGACAUUCCAUGCCAUGUCCGCGAUAGUCCCUGCUUGUUUGACGUGGAAACGGAUCCUUGCGAACAUAAUAACAUUGUCUCCUAUUUUCCGGACAUCGAAAAACUGUUGCUGGAUAAACUGGCAGUGUACAAUGCCAGUGCGGUAUUGAGUGGACCUUGGCGACCGGAUCCACGCGCGGCAACUGCGCUUCACGAUGGUAUCAUGGCACCAUGGCUGUAAUUUGACUAAUUUCGUUAAAUCAAAUCGAGAAUUUUUUUAACACGAAUCUAUACUGACUUUUUUAAAUUGCAAAAUAUUUUUUAACAUCAUUUCUGAAACAAUACGGUUGUGCUCUGCAUGUAUACGAGUACGAAUUCUCGUUGUCAAACAAAACGGCUAUAAAAUUGCAUUUGACAUAUAAGGUGAUUAGCAAUAAUGCGUGACCGGGAUUUUCCUAUGAAGUA